UAUCCCUCGAUUCAAAGCGACCAACGCACGGUUGUAUCCUACGGUUAAGACGACGCAGCAGCAGCUGAGCACGACUUCCACAACCCACCAUGGAACCAAUGGACCUUCAUCCCCAAACCGCUUCUCGAGAGAUAGCGAAAGAAGAAGAGGGAGCGCAAGUGAACGUAGAGAAUGGAAAACCGGUAGUGGUGAUCAUGGUUGGGGCACCUGGUAGCGGCAAGUCUACCUUCUGCGACCACGUUAUCCGGACCUCUGCCCGGCCCUGGGUCCGAAUCUGCCAGGACACCAUUGGAAAUGGCAAAGCUGGGACUAAAAUUGCAUGCAUAAAGAGUGCCUCCAACGCAUUGGAGGAGGGCAAAAGCGUAUUUAUUGAUAGGUGCAAUAUGGAUGGAGAGCAGCGAGGCGAUUUUCUGAAGCUCGGUAAUCCUGAAGUAGAGAAGCACGCAGUGGUGCUUGAUCUUCCUGCAAAGCUUUGUAUAUCUCGGUCUGUCAAACGAACAGGCCAUGAAGGAAAUUUGCAAGGUGGGAAAGCAGCUGCAGUUGUGAAUAGGAUGCUGCAAAAGAAAGAAUUUCCCAAGCUGGCUGAAGGGUUCACUCGAAUUACAUUUUGCCACAAUGAAAAAGAUGUUGAAGCUGCAAUGAAUACCUAUAGUACACUUGGUCUUUUUGCCGUCCUUCCAUCGGGAUGUUUUGGUCAGAAAAACCCAGAGGCCAAAGUUCAACUAGGUAUAAUGAGAUUCCUCAAAAAGGUAGAUAUCCCUGGUAAAGAUGGAUUGGUGGAAAGUAAUCCUCAGCAUUCCUCUGACAAUCAAAGCACUGUAGAAAAAGACUCCGGCUCGAGAAGACCAGCAAAUGAUUCAGCUCCAUCUGAAUAUGUCCACAUGGACGUGAAGAACACUGUAUCCCAGGAAUCAGGCUCUUCCAUUCGUACCAAUUCUGUAUAUAGUAUUCCAACUUUAGCAUUUCCAUCUAUCUCUACAGCUGAUUUCCAGUUCAAUCUUGACAAGGCAUCUGAUAUUAUUGUUGAGAAAGUUGAAGAGUUUGUGAGUAAAUUGGGCAAUGCUAGACUUGUUUUGGUAGAUUUGUCUCAUGGUUCAAAAAUAUUAUCCCUGGUUAAGGCUAAAGCUGCACGAAAAAGCAUUGACUCGAAGAAGUUCUUCACAUUCGUAGGAGAUAUUACUCGGCUUUAUUCUCAAGGGGGUAUGAAAUGCAAUGUAAUUGCUAAUGCUGCUAACUGGCGCCUAAAACCUGGAGGUGGAGGAGUAAAUGCGGCUAUAUUUAGUGCUGCUGGUCCUGCACUUGAGACUGCAACCAAGGAAAGGGCUGAAUCUCUUGCACCUGGAAAAGCUUUGGUUGUUCCUCUUCCUUCAACUUCACCGUUGUCCAUUAAGGAGGGGGUAACCCAUGUUAUACACGUCCUUGGACCAAAUAUGAAUGCACAAAGACCAAACUGUCUCAACAAUGACUAUGUGAAGGGCUGCAAGGUUUUAGGUGAAGCUUAUUCAUCACUUUUUGAAGGUUUUGCUUCCAUUCUAAGCACACAAGGCUGGAUGCCAAAAGAAAGCAAUGAAAAGUCACUGAAAUCACAAAAUCAGAUUGAGAGUAAACAUCAUGAUGGUGAUCAGAAGGUCAAGAGAGAAGCUUUAAAUGAAUGCAUGGGAGGCAAAAAAUCUAAAAUCUUCCUCAAUGAACUUAAACCUAAUUUUAGCCAUUCUGUGGAUAGAAAAGGCAACAUAGAGGGCAGAAAGAAUGUCGAAUCUCUGAAUGAGUUUGAAAGAAACAAAAAUUCCGGGGGCUUUUUGAAGGAACUUAAACCUAGUGCUAGCCAUUCUGUAGAUAGAAAAGAAAACCUAGACGGUAGAGAUGAUACAGGCAUGAAUAAGGCCUGGGGCCCAUGGGCUCAGUCUCUUUACCAGUUUGCUAUGCAUCCAGAGAGGCACAGAAAUGAUUUGAGAGAAAUUUUGGAUGAUGUUGUGGUGCUCGAUGAUCUUUAUCCAAAGGCACGCAAGCAUCUGUUGGUAUUGGCACGAGUUGAAGGUCUUGAUCGUCUUGCAGAUGUAAGCAAAGAGCAUCUUCCUCUAUUAAACACAAUGCAUGCUGUUGGCUUGAAGUGGGCAGAAAAGUUGCUGAACGAGAAUGAAUCAUUAGUAUUCCGUCUGGGUUAUCACUCGGAGCCUUCAAUGAGACAAUUGCACCUCCAUGUUAUUAGCCAAGAUUUUGAUUCAAAACAUCUCAAAAACAAGAAGCAUUGGAACUCAUUCAACACUCCUUUCUUCCGAGAUUCUGUUGACGUACUGCAGGAAGUAAGUAAACACGGUAAGGCCAUAAUAAGAGAUGAUGACAGCUUCCGCUCUAUGGAGUUGCGUUGCCAUAGAUGUCGGAGUGCACAUCCAAACAUACCCCGCCUAAAAACGCAUAUUAGCUCUUGUCAAGCACCAUUCCCGGGGGUUAUGCUUGACAACGGUAAGCUAGUGUUUGCUCCAGGUAAAAUUAGAUAGUUGUUAGAUCACUCUAAUCAUUGCUUCGUUAUAGGUUCAUACGUUUUCUGGUUAUGUUGCAUGUGUGAUGUAUGGCUGCUUGAGAGAAAUGGAGGAAAACUUUUGAAACUGCAAAAAGAAAACAAGAACAAGCUUGUUCUCCCU